GAGAAGGCAAUCUAAAGAACGAAGAAAACGAAAUCCAAAGAAAAGGAGAAAACCGAAGGCAAAAACUCCCUUUUUAUUCUCUGUCUCUCUUCCUCUUUCUCUCCCUUGCUUUCUAGCUUUUGCAAUCUGAGAUCGGGGGAGGUCGAGGACGAGAUUUUGAGAGAUGGGUCUCCUUUCAAACAGGAUCGCGAGGUCGAGUUUGAAGCCAGGAGAUCAUAUUUAUUCUUGGAGGACUGCUUAUGUUUAUGCUCAUCAUGGUAUAUACAUAAGCGACGACAAGGUCAUACAUUUUACGCGAGGCCAAGGCCAAGAAGUCGGUACAGGCACCGCCCUUGAUUUCCUCCUUGUAAGUUCCGCCCCUAAACAACCCGAUACCCCCUGCCCUAUCUGCACCACCCAACUGUCCGACUCCCACGGUGUAGUCUCCUCCUGCCUCGACUGUUUCCUUGGUGGUGGCGUCCUCUACCGCUUUGAGUACUCCGUCACCCGCGCCCUCUUUUUGGCCAAAGCCCGUGGAGGCACGUGCACUCUUGCCCCCUCGGACACCGACGAUGCCGUAAUCAAGCGCGCCAAUCAUUUACUUGUCAACGGCUUCAGAUGCUAUAAUGUCUUCAAAAACAACUGCGAGGAUUUCGCUAUCUACUGUAAAACGGGUCUUCUUGUGGCCGAAAAGGGGGUCCUUGGGCAGAGCGGGCAGGCGAUAUCGAUCGUUGGUGGGAACUUGGCAGUGGUUGCGUCGACACCAUUAAGGCUUCUUACGACGAAUGUGUAUGGGAUGGCGGUGAUGGGGGUGGGGGUUUAUUGUGUGAGUCGGUAUUUUGCGGAUGUUAGUAAUAGGAGGGAUGUGGUGAAGGUGGAGGUGGAGGAUUUGACGACGACCGGUAGGGUUCGGGUUGUUGAGGGGGAGAUGAAUAAUCAUCAGGUUGGGUUGCUUGUGCCUGCUAAAUCUUAGGGUUUGUGUUGUACCUUGUUGAAUUGGACAAUGUUGUUGGUUUGUCAGAAUAAUUUGGUUUGCAUUUGGACAGUGAGGUAAUGCUGGGCUGUGGAUUUUUGUUUCCUGUAGUGUGUAAUGUUGUUCCAUGG